AUGUUUGCAACGUACUCUUCUCACGCGGGAAGGCACUUGCUCCGACGACUUGGGAGCAAUAGCAGUGGUGUUGGUUCUCGCUCCUACAAUGCUUCUGCCAGCAACAGUCGAAAUUCGCUCUGGUGGCGAUGCCUUCAUUCUUCUUCCUCUUCCUCUUUUCAGUUGAGAAGAGCAUUCGGUGGCGCCGCUUCCCCUAACGAUGGGACGGGGAUGAAGAAGACUACGGAGAAGACUAAAGAAGAAGAAACGAGAGUAAUAUCGAAAGAAGAGGACGAACAUUACAUGCGGAUGGCACUCGCAGAGGCAGAAAAAGCGUUCGCCGGAGGAGAAGUCCCGGUCGGGGCCGUCCUCGUGCACAAGAUCUCUCCCUCCUCAAACAAAGAGGAGGAACAAGAACAACAACAGUUCGUCCUGGCGCGCUCACACAACACAUCGGAAACGAAAAACAACCCACUCGCGCACGCGGAAUUGGAAUGCAUCGAGAGUGGGAGAAAAGCGUUAGGUGGUGAUUGGCGAAGGUUGAAAGAUUCGACGUUGUACGUGACGUUGGAACCGUGCGCGAUGUGCGCCGGCGCGAUAUUACAAGCGAGGGUCGGGAACGUGGUGUACGGAGCGAGGAACCCGCAGCUGGGCGCGCACGGGAGUUGGUGCGGGUUGUUAGGGACGAGGGAUGGCGAGGAGAGUAAGGUUGAGGUGUUGAGGACGCAUGCGAUCAUGCCAGAGGUGACGGUGAGGUCGGACGUGUUAGCGGAGGAGUGUUCGGAGUUGAUGAAGACGUUUUUUAAGAAUCGAAGGGAACAAGCGAGGGAAGAGAAGGAGAGGUUAAAAUUGGAGGAGGAAAAGUACAGAGAGUUGCUGUUUACGUACGACGGGGUGAGAGAAGAUAGCGAGAAGAAAGAAGAAAAGAUGUAG